AUGCUCGAUCAUUUUGGCUGGAAGUGGUGGAAACAUCAGGUACCCGAUGUGGAUCAGGUGAAACUGGAGCUGGUGGAUAUCUGGCAUUUUGGAUUAAGCGAAUUAAUACGUGCCGAUAACCUGGUCGAAGACAUGGCCAGCACGCUGGCGGCAGCUCAGCCUUCUGAUGAACCAGAUCCAGCCGCAUUUCGGGCCUCCAUUGAAACCCUUGCCGCUGACGCCCUGCAGAGCAAAUCUUUUGCAUUAGGCCCGUUUGUUGUCGCCAUGCAGAAUCUGCCCAUGACCUAUCAGGAGCUGUUUGAUAUGUACGUGGGCAAAAACGUACUGAACCAGUUUCGCCAGGCCAAUGGGUAUCAGGAUGGCAGCUACCGCAAGGUAUGGCAGGGGCGGGAAGAUAACGAACACCUGGUGGAGCUGCUUGCCGAACUGCAGGGUGACGCCGAAGUUUUGCCCGAGUCUGAAAUGCUGCAGCUGGCGACACCCUACCAGGAUCCCUGGCAACCGGAAUUCGUUGGCACGCUGCUGUUUCUCCUGCGGGGGGCAGAGGUGUUGCUGAUUCAUAAAAAGACCGGGCAUGGGGCGGGUCGCAUAAAUGCACCAGGCGGUAAACUGGAUUCAGGCGAAACGGUUAUAGAAGGUGCGUGUCGUGAGGUUAUGGAAGAGGUUGGGCUGCAGGUGUCGAAUGCACAAGUGGGUGUAGAAAUGCGCUUUGUUGAGCGCAAUGGACCCCAAUGGUUGGGCUUUGCACUUACGGCGACAGCGUUCUCUGGUGAGUUGCGCGAGACCCGCGAGGCACGGCCGUUCUGGUGUCCAGUUGACGCGAUACCCUAUGAACAGAUGUGGCCAGAUGAUGCGAUCUGGCUACCCAAACUGCUGGCAGGUGAUUUUUCACAGCCCUGUGUGGGUAAUUUUCUGUUCGACAACGAAGUGCUGCUGGAACACGCCUUCGAUUAUUCCACACCGUCAAUCUGGGCGGAUCUGGAUAGUCUGUUUGUGGGUGAUCAUCACGUCACACCCACCAAUUACUACCAGAACACGGCCAUCCUUGGCCGUAUGCUGGCGGAGUGGGGUAAUAAGCCGGCGGGUGCGUUGUAUCUGCUGCCUCUAUGGCAUCCGGUUUUGCUGGCAGAACAGAUUGGCACCCUGGCCGCGAUCAUGGGUGGCCGAUUCAUAUUGCAGUGCGCCUUGGGUGGUGACCGCAAACAGAGUGCAGGUAUGGGCAUUGAUCUGAAAAAGCGCGUGCCCAUGUUUGAAGACAGCCUGUCGAUCAUGCAGGCACUGUGGCGCGGAGAGACGGUUAACCACAGUCGCUUCUGGCCAAUUGAAAAUGCAUCGAUCAACCCUCGCCCGGCGGAACCGGUGGAGGUCUGGGUUGGGUCAUCUGCGCCGGCGGCAAUCAAUCGAACGGCACGUAUGGCCCAGGGCUGGCUGGCCCAACCCGGCCUUAACCUGCAACAGGCGACAGCCCAGCUCAAUCAGUAUCAGCAGGCUUGUGCGGAACAUAGCCGCACACCGUCAGCGGUCUCCGUGCGGCGGGACAUCUAUAUUGGAGAAACCUCCCAGGCAGCGGCAAAAAUGAAACAGGAACUUAUCGCGCGGGGUUAUCGUGGUUUUCCUGAAGAGGCUCUGCUGGCAGGUUCUGUGGCGGAAGUGGCGGAUGAGCUCGGCCGGUUUAGUGAUGCGGGUUUUACCGAUAUUAUCGUGCGUAAUAUGUGUGAGGAUCAGGGCGAGGCAUUGGCCACUAUCGAGCGUCUGGCCGACGUCAAAAGGUUGAUAGCGUAA